CAGAGGGGGUGGAGGUGGAGGAGAGGGGGCUGGACUUUCACAAAACUCCUCUGUCCCAUAAAUGAGCGCAUUUUCAGGAGACAGGACGAGAUUAAAGUCACUCUGGUGAACCGUUAGAUUAACCCAGGGAGUCCAAAACCUCCGGUUCCGAGUUCGACCGAGCUCCGUCGUGAGGAGCACCUGAACAUCGCCACCAUGAGUUUUGGCAGCAGCAUGUUCCAGGCCUUGAACGACGACCUGAACGCGUCGCUGGCAAUGGCCGACGAGGUGUCCAAAGAGUUCGACUCACUCCGGAUCGAGGCCACGCCGAGCACACCGGACAACACAGAGCAAUUCUUCCCUGUUAGAGAGAGGCAGCGGUCCGACUCGCCCAGCUCCGCCGAGCUGUGUAAAACCCCAACCAGCUCAGUGCCCUUCUCACCCAGCUCCAGCUCCCACUCCUCAGACUCCACCCGCAGUCCGUCCCCUAAGCUUCCUAACAUCGUCCGAACCGGGUCUGGAAGCCACUCUCCCCACCAGCUGAGUCCCAACCAGUCGCCGGUCAGUCCUCGUCGGAACUCCCCGACCCGGUACAACCGAAGUCCUCGCGGCUCUCUCAGCUACAUGGACAGGAGUCCUACCCGGAGUCCCACAACACCCACUUUUGAUUUGCCCUCUCGCUCGGGGUCUUACCACGGCGCCCCUAACUUGUUGAGCCCGUAUGACAGCAGCACCAUGGGACGGCGCUCACCCCGGCGAGACAGGAGUCCGUCUCCUCUGUCCUUCAACUCCAGCACCGUUCCCCGGAACUUCUCCGGUUUCAGGCAACAAGAUGAAGGCGCGCAGCAGCAGCCGAGGAAGCCUCCCAGCAAGUGGAAUGAGACAGAUCUGGACAUGUCAUACGAGAGGAAGCCGCACCACACCUACGACAAGAAGACAUGGAUGAGAGCUACAGUAUCAAACAGCAACUGGAAAGAGUCCAACCUGGAUGGCCCUCCUCCGGCCCCCAGCCCCAAGAAGGUCCCCCGCUCCCCUCAGUUCCCGCGGUCCUCUCUCCCCCGCAACGCUCGUAUAUCAGUUCCUCCAGACGUCUCCUCUCCCUCUCACUCCCCGUACCUCGCACAGCCCAUCAUCUCGCGCAUCUCCAUCCCUCCCGCCAACAGCCAGACUCGCCAGCGCCGGCCCAUCCCCCUCUCCGUCAUCAUGCGCCUCCAGAACCCCCACUGGGGGGCGAUGUCGCCCCAAAAGUAUCAACCGGCUGCCUCCAUCCAUCGAGAAUACUUCCAUCCUCCCCACCACCCAGCUGAGCUUCGACAGCCGGCAGUUUACAUCGAUGCUCUGAACCCAGGAGACAUUGACGCAGAGCUGGAGCGGAUUGACUACACUGCUCACUUGCCAGCUAUUUCUGAGAAGCGGAGCAUCCCGGAGGGUGGCGGAGCCCCAGUGGCCCCACGGCCCCUCAGCCCCACCAGGCUGCAGCCAGUCGUGGCACCAGAGGCCCAGGCGGAGGAGAUCCCGAACAUCGAAGAGGUCCUCCGCAUCCGGGCAGAGAUUCCUCGAGCCCUGAAGAGACGCGGCUCGGUGGAUCACUCGCUGCCGCUGAAACCGGCGUCGCACUACGAACCCAACCAGUACAAGAACCUCAUCAACAAGCUCUUCCACAGAAAGGAGUAUCGCCACAAGGGGGAGCCAGGGAGUGAGACCAGUAGCUCUUCAGAUGAGGACCCAGCACUGCCGCCUCCUGUGGCAGCAACCAGGACCCCGACCACAGUGCCACAUGAUCGGAACUACCACUCCAUCCUCCGGCGCUCCAGCAAGGAACACAAGAGUUCAGGUCGCAGAGCUCGACUCAGCCCGUUGGUUCUGGUGCUGGACGGAGCUCUGGUGGGAGAACUGGAGACGGUGCAGAGAGCUGUGCAGGAGAUGCAAGACCCGAGUCAACCCAAUGAUGAAGGCAUCACUGCGCUGCACAACGCCAUUUGUGGCGGCCAUUACAAUGUGGUGGACUUCCUGGUCCGGGCCGGAGCGAACGUCAGUGCGCCGGACAGCCACGGAUGGACGCCGCUCCACUGCGCCGCCUCAUGCAACGACCGUCCGCUGUGCGAGUUUCUGGUGAGAAGCGGCGCCGCUGUGAUGGCGAUGACAGAGAGCGACGGGGCCACCGCCGCCCAGAAGUGUGAUCCUUACGCCAUUGGGUUUGAGGAGUGCGAGACGUUCCUCCAAGGUAUGGAGGAGGCCAUGGGCUUGGAGAACAGCGGCGUGCUCUACGCACUCUGGAGUUACCCGGCUCAAGCUCCUGACGAGCUGAGCUUCAAAGAUGGAGACAUGCUGACCAUCCUGCAGAAGCCUGAGGGCUCUGACUGGUGGUGGGCGUCACUCUGUGGCCGGGAGGGAUUCGUGCCAAACAACUACUUCGGGCUCUUCCCCAAGGUCCGACCCAAGACCCUGAGCUGAGCAACUCAGGGCACCGUCUCCGAAAGUGCUUGAUGGAUUAUUCAUCGUUGGACAUCAGUAUUUCCUCUGCUUGUUUCACUUAACUUUGCCCUGAAAGCAAUCUGACUCAGUAUCCUGUGGGCGUUUUUAGCGCCCCUGGUGUUGAAAUUGGGGAGUGGAGAGAGUGUGACCAACUGUGUGGGUAGAUGCUUUUAUUGGAAAUAGUCUGGAAAAUAGUUGACUGAAGACAAGUCCACCCGGAUAUUGUAGCAGCAGAGUCAGCAGAAAAUAUAUAUAUAUAUAUAUACAUACAUUAGCCAAAAAAAAUUAACAUUUAAUGAAAUUAGAUCUUUGCGUUGCGUUUAUGUCCGUACUGGCCAGUAAUCAUUCUACUUUACCAACCUACAUCUACGAUAUACAACAAAGUCAUCGAGUCACAUAAUAACCUCACCUUUGUCCCUGUAGUAUGAAUGUAAACCUCACGAGCCAAAUCUUUUGGUACCAAACGACUAUCGACGAUAGCAGAUUAACCUCCCCACGUCCCAUCAACUACCCCCUUAUUCGACGACAAACCCAACAAGUCUAUCGUACAUACCAGCCCACCUACGCACAGCUGGAAACCUCUUCUAAAGCGACUGACAAAUAAAAUCUAUAUCUAGAACCCCUUCAGCCCUAAACACGUACCAUUCAAUAGGAAAUCCUAACCCACCAACAGACCUACCCACUUUCAUGCCCUUCAACCAACAACUUAUCUCACCAACUGUAACACUCACAGGAGCAGGAUCAGAGUUUAACCAUGGUGUUUAAUCUAAACCUUGAGGGGUGACACGAAAGGAGGGCGAGGCCACAAUCGGAACAGACCUGGACAUAGAAAAGACUUGACCUUGACCUUGACAAGAGACUUGGGUUGCUUAACAUGAUGGGACUUGACCAGACUAGACUAGUUAGGACUCAACAAGACUGUUACUUGACAUGACUUGGAGACUCGACUAACUUGACAAGAAGACAGACUUGAUGAGACGGGACUCGACCAAACAGAUUCUUGACUUGACAGGGCAGGACGGGACAAUGACUUGACUAGACUAGUUAGGACUCAACAAGACUGUUACUUGACAUGACUUGGAGACUCGACUAACUUGACAAGAAGACAGACUUGAUGAGACGGGACUCGACCAAACAGAUUCUUGACUUGACAGGGCAGGACGGGACAAUGACUUGACUAGACUAGUUUGGACUCAACAAGACUGUUACUUGACAUGACUUGGAGACUCGACUAACUUGACCAGAAGACAGACUUGAUGAGACGGGACUCGACCAAACAGUUUCUUGAGUUGACAUGGCAGGACGGGACAAUGACUUGACUAGACUAGUUAGGGCUCAACAAGACUGUUACUUGACAUGACUUGGAGACUCGACUAACUUGACAAAGAAGACAGACUUGAUGAGACGGGACUCGACCAAACAGUUUCUUGAGUUGACAGGGCAGGACGGGACAAUGACUUGACUGGACGAGUCAGGACUCAACAAGACUGCUACUUGACUUGACGUGACGACUUGACUUAACUGUACAAGAAGACAGUGGCUUGUCUAAGACUUGACGGAACGUGACAGACGUACCGAGAAAUGAAAAUGCACCAACACAGGAACAGUGAGGCAGAUCAAGGUGAAACAAGGCAAGACAGUAGGUCCAACCCCACCAAACUAAAACAAGUAAACAACCCAAUGAACAAUACAUAGCUGGUGACGCGUGACAGUCUGUCUACUUCCCACCAAGUAGAAACCCCUUCCAGAUUAGAUUAUGUGUCAGCCAGUCAAGCUUGUCAACCCUGUGUUUAGACUCUCCCAACCCAGAUCUAACUCAAAACACUAACCCUUGGUUACCAACCAAACCAUUCCGUCAGCAGCCCACCGCCAUGCCUGCUCAGACAGAUGUGAAUAUUUAAGUUGAAACUUCCUGACCAGACAGAGAAGGUUUUUGAUGUGUAAAUAUUGUAAGUCGGUCAAAUAGCAUUGCUGUGAGUCUCUGAAUGUAGUGACCUGUGUUGUCUUAUGUUCCACUGCUCACUUUUUGGAAGUUGUGUAAUAAACUGUGAAGUGUCCACUUUUCUCCA